AUGAAUCAACAAGAAUAUACAAAUAUGAUCGUUAUGGCUUUCUAAGCAAAAGAUAAGAAAGCAAGAGAUAAGGCAGAAGACUUAUUAAUUCAAACCUGCCAAAAUGAUAUUAGAUCUAUUGAUAGUUUAUGUGAAUUAUCUUCUUAAUAAAAUGAUUUACUUUUAGCUGAAUAUGCUGCUAUUACAAUAAAAACUGCUAUUAAAAAAUUCAUAAGCAACACAUGUAAAACCAUAUCAUAUUGUAAUUUAGAACCAUAUACUGUUGAACUGAGAUUACAUCAUGUUGAUCUAUUUGUUUAAAUACUCACUAAAUAAAUACCUGAUAAAAUAAAAGUCAGUGUUCAAUAAGCUCUAUAGUAAUUAGUUUGUUAUGAUAAAUGUAAAUUGAUUUAUAUUAUUCAACUUUAGAAAAUCACUUCAAAACUCGUCUUAAGUAGCAUGUCAUUUAGUCUAUUGAAACAAAAUUAGAAAAUAUGGUUGUGUCUGCAUGCUAUAUAGCUGAGACUUUAUAAUUAGAUGAUCAAUUUGAAUGGUUCUAAUCGAUUAUCAAAAUAGGUAAAAUAAUAGAUGGUUUUUCUUAAUCUACUAAAAAUCUAUGGGCUAAAGUUCUAUUUAAUUAAUUAGAUCGACAUCUUAAAACUAAUUAAAUGAGAGGUCUUCCAGAACCUAUUUAAUAAUACUUUAUAUUUAAUGAGGAAUUAUGUUAAGUACUCAUUCUUAAACUUCAACAAUUAACAUUUGUAGGUGAUAAUUUAGAAUAUUGUUAUUUUAUUGUAGCAUCAUAAAGAUUGAUUUAUGAAUCUAUUUCUACAUAAUAUAAAGAUGCAAUCAUUGCAAAAAAGUGCCCAUUUUAAGACAUAUUAGGUAUUAUUAGUGAAACAUUUAUAUAAAGUCUUGUAACAUUUACAAUGUCAUCUAAUUUCUCUUAUGAAAAUCUCAAUCAAAAUUAAUAAAAUUUAAUAAAUGAAAUAAUUAAAUUAUUGACAAUUACAAGCAAAAGUGUUUCAGUUUAUCAUCUAUUUGCUGAAUAUAGAAUGGCAAUUUUUGUUGAUAUUAUUAUACCAUUUUUUUCGUCAAAUUCAAAAGAAAUUAAUGAUCUUAAUGAAGAUCCUAAUGAAUUUGUUUAAUUAACUUAAGAUCUAUUGGAUGAAUAAAAAUCAGAUAUUAUUAAGUCAUCUAUAGCAUAAUUAAUUAUGUCUUAUUGUUAACAUAUAGAUGGAUCCAUAUCCUUCUUUUCAUCGUUCACAACUCUAGCUGCUUCAUAUUGCAUUCAAAAAUUAUAGAAAAUAGAAAUAAGCCAAUAAUUAGGAUUAAUCAUGGAAUUUAGAGAACAUUAUUUUAUAAAAUCUAUGAAUAUUCAUAUAUUAUUAGAAACUUCAUUAUUAAUCCUAUCAAUUUUGAGCAAUUAUCUUAUAUAAAGAAAUGAAGUUGGAUUACUUUUCAAAUCAUUUAUUGCUGAAUAUGGUGAUUACUUAAUUAAUUAUUCAAUACGUACAUAAAUUAUAAAUAAUUUAAGCUCUCGUUAAAGCUAGACUAUGUACUUUUAUUGGAUAAUUUUGUAGAACAAUUCUGAAUGAGAAAGAUGACCUCUCUUAUUAAUUACUUAAUUUUUUAAUGAAUUAAAUUAAAUCUGCAAAAAAUGAAUUAUAUUCAAAUUGUUAUUGUGCAAUAGAAGCUAUCAAAAAUAUUAUUGAAGAACCCCAUUUAGAUAAACUUUUGGAACCAAAUAUAGGAUAGAUUUUACUUGUAUUAUGUGAAUCUUUAAUAUAAAGUGAUUUUNAAAAUUAGAAAAUAUGGUUGUGUCUGCAUGCUAUAUAGCUGAGACUUUAUAAUUAGAUGAUCAAUUUGAAUGGUUCUAAUCGAUUAUCAAAAUAGGUAAAAUAAUAGAUGGUUUUUCUUAAUCUACUAAAAAUCUAUGGGCUAAAGUUCUAUUUAAUUAAUUAGAUCGACAUCUUAAAACUAAUUAAAUGAGAGGUCUUCCAGAACCUAUUUAAUAAUACUUUAUAUUUAAUGAGGAAUUAUGUUAAGUACUCAUUCUUAAACUUCAACAAUUAACAUUUGUAGGUGAUAAUUUAGAAUAUUGUUAUUUUAUUGUAGCAUCAUAAAGAUUGAUUUAUGAAUCUAUUUCUACAUAAUAUAAAGAUGCAAUCAUUGCAAAAAAGUGCCCAUUUUAAGACAUAUUAGGUAUUAUUAGUGAAACAUUUAUAUAAAGUCUUGUAACAUUUACAAUGUCAUCUAAUUUCUCUUAUGAAAAUCUCAAUCAAAAUUAAUAAAAUUUAAUAAAUGAAAUAAUUAAAUUAUUGACAAUUACAAGCAAAAGUGUUUCAGUUUAUCAUCUAUUUGCUGAAUAUAGAAUGGCAAUUUUUGUUGAUAUUAUUAUACCAUUUUUUUCGUCAAAUUCAAAAGAAAUUAAUGAUCUUAAUGAAGAUCCUAAUGAAUUUGUUUAAUUAACUUAAGAUCUAUUGGAUGAAUAAAAAUCAGAUAUUAUUAAGUCAUCUAUAGCAUAAUUAAUUAUGUCUUAUUGUUAACAUAUAGAUGGAUCCAUAUCCUUCUUUUCAUCGUUCACAACUCUAGCUGCUUCAUAUUGCAUUCAAAAAUUAUAGAAAAUAGAAAUAAGCCAAUAAUUAGGAUUAAUCAUGGAAUUUAGAGAACAUUAUUUUAUAAAAUCUAUGAAUAUUCAUAUAUUAUUAGAAACUUCAUUAUUAAUCCUAUCAAUUUUGAGCAAUUAUCUUAUAUAAAGAAAUGAAGUUGGAUUACUUUUCAAAUCAUUUAUUGCUGAAUAUGGUGAUUACUUAAUUAAUUAUUCAAUACGUACAUAAAUUAUAAAUAAUUUAAGCUCUCGUUAAAGCUAGACUAUGUACUUUUAUUGGAUAAUUUUGUAGAACAAUUCUGAAUGAGAAAGAUGACCUCUCUUAUUAAUUACUUAAUUUUUUAAUGAAUUAAAUUAAAUCUGCAAAAAAUGAAUUAUAUUCAAAUUGUUAUUGUGCAAUAGAAGCUAUCAAAAAUAUUAUUGAAGAACCCCAUUUAGAUAAACUUUUGGAACCAAAUAUAGGAUAGAUUUUACUUGUAUUAUGUGAAUCUUUAAUAUAAAGUGAUUUUGAAGGUCAUUUUGACACUAUUAAAUAGAUUUUCAAGUAUAUUUAUUAUAAUUGUAUAAAAUUAGAACAUUUUAAAUAGAACCUUCUGUAUUAGAUUAAGCAUUAGGUUUAAUAGUUUUGAAAAUAUAAAAAGAGUAGGAAUGUGUUGGAUAAGGAUAAACAGAAAGAUAAAUUUUUAUCAAUUAAACAUGGAAUAUACUUAAAUCUUUACCUGAGAUAGAGAAUAUCAUUCCUAUACAUUUUAAUCUUUUAGAAAAAAGAGUAUCUGUUUUAUAUUAAUAUAUAAUAAGUAAUUAAUAAUAUAUAUAUAUAUAUUAGAUCCAAAUAUUAUUGAUUUUGAUGAAGAUAUUGUAUACUUUAUAUCUUAGUUAAUUUUUAAAACUAAAUUUAUUAGUGAUUAUUAAGCUGAAAUGUUCUUUUAAUGUAAAAAAGUGAUAGAAAAAUAAAGAUUCAUCCUUGGAUAAUUAUUUGAACUCUUUAAUUAUUAUAUUUAUUAUGGAAAGUCUUUAUUUUCAAAUAUUAAUGCUUAGGAAUUUGUAUACAUCUUAUAUCUUAAUUUAGUUAAUUUAAAUGUUGGAAACUGUGUUUAAUAAUCCAAAAAUUGGUGAAGCUUCAUAAGGUGAAGCUAUUUUACUAUUACAUUUAUUACUUUAAGAAUAUUAAUUAAAUAAAGAAGUUUUAACAUAUAUUUAUACAAAAAUCUUAUAAAGAUCAUAAUUGUUAGUAAAAAAUGAUUUUUUGAGAGCUAGAUUAAUGGGAAUAUACAUUUCAGGGUUUAUUAAGAAUUGUACUUUAACAUUAGAAUGGAUAGAAUAAUAAUAAGGAUUUAUUUAUGAUCAUAUAAUUAAUUCAAGUAAAUAUUGCUUACCUGAUUAUGACAGUUAACUCUAUUUGUUUGGAUUUUGUUAAUUAUUACUUUAGAAUCCUAGAUACUUAAAUUUAUCAUUGCUUAAAAAUUUUGUAGAAGUUUUAAAAAAUUAAUAUAAUCAUGAUUUAAAAAAGGCUAAAGAUGAUAAUGAUGAUAAUGAAGAUAUGUUUGUAUUUAAUGAUGAAUUAGAGGAUGCAAAAAUAAUUAUGGAAACUUUUUAAUCAAAUAUUACAAAACAUAAUGAAUUUGAGUAAUUUCAUCUUACAUAUUAACAUUUAAGAAAAACUAUCAAUAUAUCAGAAUUAAUAUAGAAUGAUUCUCUUUUAAAAAAAGAUCUUGAUGAUAUGUUGAAAAUAAAUAAAAUUAAUUAAGAAGCUAGAAUAAUUUUAAAAUUAAAAAAAAGAAAAGAAACUUGA